AUGCUUAAUAGAUUUGCAAAAGCUGAGGAGGAUCUUCUUCGUGAACAGGCCGAGUAUCUCAGAAAUCCUCGAGCCGCUCGAAUUGUGAAUACACAAAUCUGCUCUCAUCAAUUUCCACGCAAUACAUCCCAAUAUAAGGAUUCUUCAUGUUUGAUAUCUCCAUUUGGUUCUAAGAUCAUUGAACGAAUCACUCCCACAGAUGGGUCAAACUGUAACUCAGAAGUUCCCAUAGCUGAAGCGACCGGACAACCUCACGUCCCAGUUUUAGGAGAUACUAUUAGAGAUGAAGGCCUUUUGUUAGCUGCAAAAAGAUUGAAUUCUGAGCAACCUCGAAAGAGAAGUCUCUUUGCUCGGCAACUUUUGGCUGCUAAGGAGGGGAAGGUUUUGAAUAUUGAAUCGGAUCUACAGCCCCAGAUUAUAGCACCAGAUAAAUUAUCGCAGCCUUUGAAGGAAUUGGAUACUAUUGGACCGGUUGUGAUUCGGAAGGAAAAGAGUGUUGCGGCUAAUGAACUCGUUCGAAUUCAUGAGAUGAGUAUCAACAGGCUCUCACAAUUGUCUGAAGAGGAUAUAUUGCGUGAAAGAGAGGCUCUACUUUCUUCCAUGGAUCCGAAGCUGAUUUCCUUCCUUAUUCACAAGAAACCUUCCCUAUCAUUUCUUCCUUUGAAUAAUUGGGAUUUCCAUUCCUUGGGCGCAGCUCACGGAAGUCUUCCAGCAGAACCAAUGGACAUAGACUCCUCGCCGCAACAAGAAACAAAGCCUUCCAUUGAUACUGCCUCCCUUCUUGCUUCCCUGGGUCUGGAAUCAGCUACUUCAAUACCACACAUGGAUGUGGUGGAACCAGAAAAACUUGCCUGGAUGCAGGAACUACCUGGCAGUGCCAAAGCUCCUGACGAUGAAAUUAAAUCCGUCAAUGGGCAAUCCAUCAGUGCUCGAUUUGAUCUCGAAGGCCGUGUAGUACCCCCUGGGGCUAAUAUACCCAUGCACUUGGGUUUGCAUCACCAUGGCGAAGAGCCAGAGCGUGGUGGUUAUACCAUAAGCGAGCUCUUCCAUCUCGCUUCGUCGACUCAUCCCAACCAGCGCCGAAUUGCUCUGUCUAGCCUUGCAGCUGCACUCGCUGCCUCUCGAAGGGGUUAUCACGCCACCCAUCUGGCUAUCCCCAGUCUCCUGCCCUCACUUCUCCUUUGUCGACCACCGGGAAUUUGCUUCCUCCUUCGAUGGGCACUGGAUCGUUGUGUUAGUGAGGCAAGUUGUGCAUCCUCUGUGACGGCCGUUGAAGGAGGCGUAUCGAUGGCGAUUGUGGGGGAGUGCUUGAGGGCACUCAAUAGCCUCCUGGUGGAUGAUCAGGGAGAGGUGAGAUUCAAGUGCACAACUAAGAAUAAUUGUCUUUGGCUCACCUGUGUUGCUAAUCUAGUGAGCACGUUGAUUUUGAGACCGGUUCAUACUCAGGAUGAUGGGAGAUGGAAGAAGAGGAUUAACUCUCAGUUUGUAUUUUACAAAACUCUCCAGAAUUCAAUUCGCGUCAAUAGUCAGCACAACCUGGGACUUGUUAUACUCCGUCAACUUUAA